UUUUAACUAGAGUUAUACAGUUUGUUACCACGGAUUUUUGGUAUUAAAUAUUAACAUUGCUAUAUCUUUCAUAAAAAAAAAAAUUCUUUAGGUAUAUUAUAAUAUUAAUAAUUAAUAUAAAACACCUAUAAAAAUAUGAUGCCGAGAGGGAAACGUUUCGUGCUUAAAGGUAAAACCUGAAUUUUUGAGAUCAUUUAUUGCCAUGUGUCCUUUGGUUAGCUAUUUAUAUUAUGUAUACCUAUAACAACAGAAUCGGAACUGGAAGAGCACAAAAAAAAAUCUUCGUUUGGACACUGGGUACUGGUAAAAGAAUGUGACGAAAAUCGACGAAAAAAUAAUUCUGAAUCUUCCAAAGCGGUACCUAUUAAAUCUUGACUAUUGUUAUAAUAUUUUUUACGAAAAUGUGUAGGUGCCAAUCAAUAGUAUAAUAUGAUUUGGGUAAAUAAUAAAUACAAUCGAGCUUUCGGGCACCUAGUAUCUACUUACCUUUUUGUAUUUUUUUUUAUUAGAUCUCUCAAACAUUCAUUCAGAAGUUAUUUAUUUUAUCUAUGAAUUUAACAAUACCUAUAACUGAUGGUUGGUACCUAGUCUUUUUCGGAUAAUUUAUACCUACUGUUAUUUAAAGGGUUGCUGCAGCCGGAAAACGCCGCAGGGAUUUGCCGCUAAAAACAUAACCCAAAUCCUAAACGGUGCCACGGAAGGUUUCUUGAACGUUUCGGGCAAAGGGUACUUGCACGUGAACGGUGAAAAUUUCACCGGAGAAUUAUUCGACCGGAUAAACACCGUAAACGCGGACGACAACCAACUUCGAAUUGCCACAUUCAAUACAUUCAAGUCCCUUCGGCGACUGAGCCUGCGUCGAAAUCGCUUGAAAUCCGUUGACCAGUGCGUACAUAAUAAAUCUAGAACGUCUGUUCGAUAUUCAUUAAUCCAUUUUCAUCAAUAGUUCGGUAACUUUAAUAAGAAAGUGAGAGUAAAAAGUAAUAGAUACAUAGGUUACACACGUCAUGUUAUUGCAAUAUACAUCUGUAAAACAAAAUAAUUCACGAACAAACGAUAAACACUCUAUCUGAUAUAAACACUAAACAGGCACCUAAUCAAAGGAAAUGUGUAUGUGUACUGUAGUACUGUAGGAUUAUUAAAAAAUACUAGAUAUUUAAACAGAAAUCAGAUAAUGAUUAAAAUGUAUUUGUUUAUUAUUUUCGGUACAUUUUUAUUAUAUUAUAUGAUUACAUUUAUUUCCACACAUAAUAAUUUAGUACCUAUAUAUCGGUAUGGUUUUAAACGUUAUGUUAAAAGUUUCGACGAUAUUAUCGAAAGAUUCAAGUAGGUACAGAUAUUAUUAUCCAACUAGCAACACAAUAUUCAUAUUAUGUGAAAAAAAUAUUCAUUCGAUUAUGUUUGAAUAAUCAUAUACCUAACAUUCUAAAUUCUACUAUCAACCUGCUAUCAAUCUGCUAAUCUCAUCCAAAAACGGAUUGUAUACAUAUAUAAUUUUAAUAUCUAUAUAAUAAAAAAAAAGUAGACAAAAAUGAAUUAAUUCGUAUUAAUUCGGUAUGCAUAAAAACUAAAUACAAAUGUGAUAUUAAUUAAUAUGAUAAUUUUUAAAAUUUAAAAUAAUAAAAUAUGCUAUUUCUUUAUCAACUAAACAUUCUAAACAUUUAUUUUGCAGAAUUGGCAGACAUUUAGACGAGACAUUGGUUCGUUUAGACGUGUCAGAAAAUAAUUUAAAUCCGUAUGAUCUAUACCGCCUAUCAGCCUCUAAAAUAAAAGAACUACAUUUGUCAGCCAAUAAUCUGACGACUAUUCCUGAGGAGAUUUUGGAUGACCAUUGCUUCUUGUCACUUGAACUUUUAAACUUAAGUGACAAUUGCCUAGCCUGUCCUCAAACUUUCUACAUCCUGUCAACUCUACACAAUCUACACGAAUUGAACUUGAGUGGCAAUCAAAUAUCGUUUAUACCAUAUUUAGUAACAUUGGCAACGAAAAAGGUGAGAUAAUAUUAUUAUGUACACAUAUUAUAUAAUUUUAUAUAUAUAUAUGGGUGUCCCACCAUGUUGUACGGAAUUUCAGAUUUCUAUAAAUAUUAAAUUUAAAUAGAUUUUUUGUCAAUCAAAUCACUUUUCGAAUGUUCAGUGAUUAGAUGGUAAAAAUACAAAUGUAAUAUUCUUUCUCCGUAUGGGGGGAAAAAAAAAAAUUGUAAAAACUAAUAUUAACAGAUAUAAAAAUCCGUAAAACACUUGUACAUGCUGCACACAGUUUUGUGCGGUACUCGUCAUCACAUUCUUUACUUUUCAUCUUACCAAAAAUUAGAUGGUAUGAUUGCAUAAUGAAUUUAAUUGAAUUAUAUUAUCGUUUGUCAUUAAACAGUCCCUUGAUAUUGAAAAUAUUAGUGGAAAAAAUAAGAAGACCAUUAAUCACAAAAAAGAAACUGAUGGAUUUACUAAACACCAAAAUGAAGACAACACAAAUAGUAAAAUUAAUUUUUUUUUUUUUUUUAUUAAAAUUUUAUUACAUACGUUUUAUGUUACGAACGUCAUAUAUUUUAGGUUUUGUAUACCAUGUACAGCAUAUUCCAUUUGUCAGUCUUAAGGCAAUUAAUUUGACAAACAAUUUAAUUACGUCAAGUUCGUCUGUGUUAUCAAUGAUUUGUUGGCCAUCGUUGAAAAAUGUCAUACUAACGGCCAAUAUUAUUAGUUCAAAUAAAAAUAUUUUAAAAUAUAAUAAAUUGAAAUCCACCUUAAGUGUGUAUGAAAUAAAACUAACACGUUAGUGUGGAUUUUUAAGAAAUACAUUUUUUUUUUACUUAAGUUAUCUAAAUAUUUUACUUAGUAUUUCUACUUUACUAGAUCAUGAUUAUUAUUUAAUGUUUCUGCU